CGCCUUUGCUAGAGUAAACGAGAGAGAGAGAGAGAGAGAGAGAGAGAGAGAGAGAGAGAGAGAGAGAGAGAGAGAGAGAGAGAGAGAGAGAGAGAGAGAGAGAGAGAGAGAGAGAGAGAGAGAGAGAGAGAGAGAGAGAGAGAGAGAGAGAGAGAGAGAGAGAGAGAGAGAGAGAGAGCGAGCGAGAGGGGGGGGGGGAGAGCGAGCGAGAGAGACUACGCCAGGACAGACACCCGGUAGAAUUGUUCUCCCUUUAGAAAGAAGAGGGGGGGUUUCUUUGGGAUAUGUGGUGCCUCCAGUCAAUGCAUUAACAGUCAGUCGAUUUGUUUUUGUCUUCAUUUCAUCUUCGGUAAUGAGCUUGUUGAGCGGCUAUAAGAAAAAGACCAGUUAUGAUGGCUAUGAAUCUUUGCAGUUGGUCGAUAGCGGCGGGGAUAGCUUCAAUUUCGGAGGGCGAGGUAGCAGCAGCCACACAAUCGGCAGCUCGUUAGCAGCUAGCCUCGGACCGAAGGGGAGCCCGCUCCGGGAGCACGACUGCAGCACCAUGGACAGCUCAGAUAUGGAGGCCAACUAUGGUGGCGGUCUGCUGGACAUGGUGAAGGGCGGCGCCGGGAAGUUCUUCAGCAACUUCAAGGACAACCUGAAGGACACACUUAAGGACACCUCCACCAAGGUCAUGCACCAGGUUGCCACGUACACAAAAGGGGAGCUGGAUAUUGCUUACAUCACGUCACGAAUUAUAGUGAUGACCUACCCAGCCGAGUCGGCACAAAUUGGCUAUCAGAACCACGUGGAAGACAUCCGCUCCUUCUUAGACAGUCGCCAUGCCGACCACUACACAGUCUUCAACCUAUCACAGCGUAACUACCGUGGAGCCAAGUUCUCCAACCGGGUUUCAGAGUGCAACUGGCCUUCCAGGCAGGCACCCAGCCUACACAACCUGUUUGCUGUGUGUAAAAACAUGCACAACUGGCUCAAGCAGAACCCCAAGAACGUGUGUGUCAUCACCUGCUCGGACGGUCACGCCCCCUCCGGCGUGCUGGUGGGUGCCAUGUUCUGCUUCUGUCACCUCUUCGCUAACCCGGUGCCCGCCAUGCAGCUCCUCAGCGCCAAGAGGCCAGGCUCUGGACUCUGGCCAUCCCACCGCAGGUACAUCGGCUACGUGUGUAGCAUGGUGUCGGAGAGGCCCAGUCUGCCGCACUCCAAGCCCCUGGUGAUCAAGGCCCUGACAAUGAGCCCCGUGCCCUGCUUCAACAAGCAGCGCAGCGGCUGCAGGCCCUUCUGUGACGUCCUUAUCGGAGAGACCAGGAUCUUCAGCACAGCGCUGGACUAUGAGAGGAUGAGGGAAUACCGUGUGCAGGACGGGAAGGUGGUGUUCCCCCUGGGCGUGAGUGCCCAGGGGGACGUGGUGAUCUCCCUCUACCAUAUGAGGUCCACCAUCGGGGGCCGCCUGCAGGCCAAGGUGUCCAACACCCAGAUAUUCCAGAUGCAGUUCCACACUGGCUUCAUAGAACCCGGCAGCACCAUGUUGAAGUUCAACAAACCAGAGCUGGAUGCGUGCGAUGCUCCUGAAAAGUACCCAGAGUUGUUCAGCAUCAUGGUGGAGGUGGAGGUGGAGGCCACAGACAAGCAGAAGGACCUCACCCCGCCCUGGGAGCAGUUCCCCUGUAAAGACCUUGGCCCAAACGUCCUCUUCACCUGUCACCAGGAGCACCAGGACGCCCUUGCUAUAGCUGAGCCUAGCCGGCCCCCCGGCGGUCCGGAGGGCCGGGGCCACGGGGAGGAGAGCGAACCCUCGGACGAUGAGAUCCUCUCUCUCUCCAGCCAUCAGAGCAUCACCAGCACCACCGCCGCAGCAAAACCCUCCUCCACCACCUCCGCUGCCACCUCGGUGGAGGCCGACCUCCUGGGUCUCGGCGGGGCGGCCAUGGACCCGGCCGGGCAGCCGUCUCACGCCGCCUCCGUUGCUAACAACAACACCAACACCACUACUGGUGCCGCCGCUACCACAGACCUGCUGGGGGACCUGUUUGGGACCCAGUCCUCGCCGGCUAGUGCAGCCUCCUCUGCCAAGUCCACGCCGCACAAAGUGGCGGCAAGCGGGGCCUCUCCCUGCCCCUCGCCCGCACCAGCAGCGUUCAACCCGUUCGGAGCCGCCCCCACACCAAAGCCCCUGGAGCUGAUGGGCUCCAUCAUGGGACCAGGCCGAGGUUCCCCAGUUCCACCCACCACCCCUACUGUCAACGUGCAGCAGCAGAACGCCAUGGGAGGUUGGGACUGGAACAGACCGGCAGGCGCAGCAGGCUUUGGCGUGGGCAGUCGCUCGGCAACAAGCAGUCCCACAGGCUCCGUCCACAGCACCCCGACCCACCAGUCCAAGCCAAACACGCUGGACCCUUUUGCUGACCUCGGCAGCCUCGGAGGAGGCUCCGGCUUUUCCAGUAAGCCCACCACCCCAACGGGCACCACCCCGGUCUUCCCACCCAUGGGCUCCCCCUCCAGGCCCCCCCCCUCCCCGCAGCAUGUUGGGGGCUGGCCGACACACGCCGGGGUUGUGGGCUUCCCCUCUUGGCAGCCUGGUAGUGCUGGUGCUGGUAGUGUUGGGCCGGCAGUGGCUGGAUGUGCUCCUGGUGGUGGAGGUGUCGCUGGUGGGAUUGGGUGUGGUGGAGCUGGUGGGUGGCCGCACCCGGGCCCAAGCCCACAGUCCAAGCCCAGCCCCAGCCACACCCCCAUAGCCCACGGCUCUCCCCAGAACAGACCCAACUACAACGUCCACUUCAAUCCGAUGGGCGGAGGCUCCCCAGGUGCUGUGGGGCAGAAGGCCUCGGCUGGGAUGCCAGCUCCUAGACCAAAGGUGUCAAAUGCCAACUUUGAUGACCUGCUGUCUGGUCAGGGCUUCUGCGGGACCAAGGAGAAGAAGGGACCCAGGACAAUAGCUGAGAUGAGGAAGGAGGAGAUGGCCAAAGAGAUGGACCCUGAGAAGCUCAAGAUCCUUGACUGGAUCGAGGGUAAGGAACGCAACAUCCGCGCGCUGCUGUCCACCAUGCACACGGUGCUGUGGGAGGGAGAGACGCGCUGGAGGCCCGUUGGCAUGGCUGACUUGGUGACCCCCGAGCAGGUGAAGAAGGUGUACCGCAAGGCCGUUCUCGUGGUCCAUCCGGAUAAGGCCACUGGCCAGCCCUACGAACAAUAUGCCAAGAUGAUUUUCAUGGAGCUCAAUGACGCCUGGUCAGAAUUUGAUAGCCAAGGACAAAAGCCUCUCUACUGAGCGACCCAGUGAGACGACAUGUGGAGGGGAGAGAGAGAGAGAGAGAGAGAGAGAGAGAGAGAGAGAGAGAGAGAGAGAGAGGAUCCCAUUUACUUUCCUCCUGCCACCACUGAUCUUAAUGCUAUCGCUGCUCCGCUCACAUCUGCCUUCAUAUCAGUUGUUUGGACCCCCAGCUUGUCUUCAUUCCCAGCUCCACCACCAUCCUCUCUACCAUGACAAAGACUUGAUAAUGACAAUAAUGAUAGAUAAUGACAAGUACUGUGUCCAGACUAAUAGAGUGAGAGAAUCACGAGGAACCAACCCUAGCCCCUCCAACAGCUACCCCGUCCUAAUAUAGUGUAGUGUCCGGGGCAACAAUGUCUGUCCGUUUGCAUGGUCCCUCAUACCACAGCCCUGAAGCAAUGCACCCUGCAGAGCAACAGCCCUCAACGACAAGACAAACUCCAGCAGACAGAGAUUCCAACCAAGUGAAUGGAAGAGGCCUUGACCCAAUGAAGAGCAUUAGGAGUAGCAUGGUGUAUCACAUGCUGGUUCUGAGAAUGGAUAACCGGUUAUAAGGUUGUGGUUGUUGUUGUUGUUGUUGUUGUUGUUGUUGUUGUGGGCAUAUGCCCAUAGUGGAAGAUUGAACCCAGCCGGGCCCCGUUUCCCGAAAGUGGAUCGUGAAGUGCGUCGUACGAGCAUCGUACAGAUUUCCCACCGUUUCCCGAAAGCAUUGUUGGUAACGAACGUUGUGAAAAUGCUCGUAGCUAACGAGGACUCCAGGGGUACUCGUAGGAUGCUAAGAGCAUCGUUAGCCUACUAUAGCCUCAGUGGCGUUGUCACACCAAAUUUGUACCGGGUGCCAAAUUUGUACCGGGUACGUCAUCCUUACGUAAUCCAUUCCAAACCUGCCUGGCAACAGACGAUCGCGGACGAUCGCGUCGAAUGACGUAGGAAGGUUCAAGAACAUUCGCAAACUCGUUCAUUGAGCGCGACAAGACAGAUAACACUUAUUUUACAAAUUCGAUUAAACAAUUAAAUGCAAUAUAAAUAUAAAGUAAAAACAAGUGUUAUCUAGCGAUCGGUUAUCUGUGUAAUGUUAUUUAGUCUUUGGCAACAUGAGCACAAAUGUUUUUCGAAACCUGCUUUAUACACUCAGUUUACAAGCUAAAUUCGAUUAAACAAUUAAGUACAAUACAAAUAUAAAGUAAAAACAAGUGUUAUCUAGCGAUCCGUUAUCUGUAUUAUGUUAUUUCGUCUUUGGCAACAUGAACGGGAAUGUUUUCUGAAACCUGCCUGGCAACGGACAACCCCUUACGUAAUCUGUUGUUCAUUGCCUGGCAACGGACAACUGAUUACGUACCCGGUACAAAUUUGGCAGCCGGUACAAAUUUGGUGUGACAGCGUCACCAGCGGACAUUCCGUGUAUUGGAUGCGUUUUAUUGAAACACAUCCAAUACCACGGAAUGCCCAGUUGGGCGCAAUUUCGCAACCAAAAAACAGUAGUUACCGCCGAUAUAUUACUCAUAGACUACUGUUAGAUUUAAACAGCAAAGAUAGAGACAUGUUAGAAGUCAACGACAACAUAAUUUGUUGCAGCAAUUUAAAAUUCCAAAAAUACAUGCGCAGCCGAAAUGUAACGAUCAAACGCCACGUCACAAGGCAUAUAAUAAAAUCGAAUGAUUCCAUUGCUCUUGUGUGGGAGGUCGCUUUCGAGCUGCACUUGCUGUCUCCCUCUGAUUUUAAUUCAACCAUCAUGGUUAAAAUGUCCUCAUAUUGAUCAAUGACAGAAGACACAGGCUACUGUAGACAUGCAUCAUGCUGAGACCAGCGGGUGUCGGAGAAUUUCUGCAGGCGUUUUUUGUUGCGAUUGUUUGCAUUAAGCACUGUGGGCACUUCGGUGAGGCUGUGAUGAAGUUCACUAUUUAUUGGACCCUGUCUAGACAGUAACGAACAUCCCGGACCACAGUUAAUCCCGUUUGUAGUCUACACUCAGACGUGAACUCAUUAUUGCAUGCGGGUGUCUUCAUUCAUAAAAAAAAUAAAAAAUGUAUGCAGUGCGUUCAGGAUUAGGGCUGAUAUAGCAUAUGUUGGCCUAGGCCUAAUCAAUUGGGUUUUAAUAUCUUUAGCAUUCAUAUUAUUGCAGUCUAUUCUUUUCGUAGGCUUCUCUGCUGUUGGCCUUGAUGGGGAGAUAUUUUAACCCUCAUUAACCCCAUUUUCCUGCGACAAUCCUGCGUCUCCGGUUUCAGCAGUGUCAGUGGACUGUUACAAUCCUACGAACGUCGUGAGUGCAGUGAACGCGCGUUCAUGUUAAGAGGAGUUUCGGGAAACGCUCCAAAGAAAUUCACGAUGGUUCGCAAGAUCCAUCAUGAGAAUGAUCGUACGAGCGAAGAUCCAUCGUUAUUGGGAAACGAGGCCCAGAGCAGUAAUGGAAGUUUUGGAUAUAUUUCCUGACACAAAUGUGCAUUCAGUGUUUUGUUUUUGCUCAAGGAUAAGGUUAUCCAUAACAGGUUGUUCAUAUUCAGGCUAAAUUUCCUCAAAAUAUUGUACUUCUAUUGAUAAGAAUCAUAUGCAUUUAUUAUUUUUUCUCACAUUAGGUCUGAAAUUAAUUAUCGACUAUCGAUCCUGGGGAACUCCUAGAUCGCAGAAAACACGUUCCAACCAUUUUCUAAUUAAUUUGACCAAUUUCGGAGACCAAACGUCUUGUUGGUCUUCAGCUUAGAUAGCCCCAGAAUCCAAGUUAGCUGUAAACAAGAAUUUCUACACUUGGCAUUGCAGUGUUCAAAAGUAAUACAGAUUUAGAAAUAGCAAAUGUACAGUACCAUUCAUACAGUACCAAUACUUUACAAUUGUUCACACAAGGUACGUUACAUCAUGGGGCAUUUUUUAGAUGUGUGUUGCUCUAUUGGCAGCAGAGGGGCUGUGUUAGAAGCACAACUACAGAUGGGUGCAGGUUUAACCAGAAAUGUAAUUGAUAAUUGUCGUUAUAUUUGUACCAUAUUCAGCAUAUUUUUUAUGUUCUCUGGAAAGGUGCUGGCUAUACGUGCUAAACACUUCAUACAUAUCUGUAAUAUAUAGUUAGAUUUACAAAGCGAAAAGUUACAUGAGAUGAGUGUCAUUUACGUCACGCUGCUUUUUGGUGACAACUUCCUCCUAUGGUUUGCGAUUUGAAUUUGCUAGCAUCCCAGAGGCAGACAUGAGGCGCACACUAGCAAAACCCUCACAGAUCAUAGUGUUCUAGGCUGCUGUCAGAUAGUGUCAUUGCUUAGGAAGGUUCCUAACUAACUUAAAUGACCCGGAAGUAUCUAGAUGGCAGCCAUGAUAGGAGCUAUUCGAAUUCUCUAAAAUCGAAGGAAAAGUGCUUCAAUGCUGCCUUUCUUAUCUGUGUUAGCAUAGGGUACACCGGACCAUCAUUUACUAAAGUAAGGAGAUAAUGCCGUCCCACAUUUAAAACGACGAUGUGGCAGACACAAAUGAUCAACAAUGAUCAACAUGAUCUACCGACAAUUAUAAGUCCUUAUGCAUUCUCCUUCACAUCUUUCCUUGACCUCAUGACGCUUUCCGUCAAGGUCAAGGAGAAUAGGUUAGCAAAGGAGUAGCAUAGGACGUAUUUCUCUUUACUAUCCAACCGCAACCCUAGUGUCCUAAGAGGGGUAGCGUGUGAUAAGGGACCUGACAGAAGUGUCCUGUUAAAACAUCUGGUUGUUGUCCACGUGAUCCAUCUCCACUGUGGUAUCUGACUGAAUGUAGAGCACGAUUUUGACAAGUAUGGCUCUUCAUUUUAGUCUAAAGGACAAACUGUGGUAGCCUAUUUUGUGGAUGACUGUAUUAUAUUAUGUAUCUCUGCUCACUUCUUUAAUGUCAGAUUCUACUGAGAGCUAAAUCUUGGAGGCUGCCGGUCCAAGGGGAUAUGAGACAGAUGGGCCUUGUUAGUGGCCCAUUUAGUUCAGUUAGUUCAACGUGAUGCUUGUGUCAAUCUAUUGCCUGCCCCCUGAUAGCAACAUUAUCCUGUAACAUCACUGACAGUUAUUUAUUUUCUAUUUAAUCAUUAUGCAACAUUAUGUCUUGACUAAAUAAAAAAAAAUAAACCAUAUCAAAUGUGAAGAAUGGAAAACAUUGUAUAAACCACUGCUCAUGCUCUUGUGCCGGUGCUGUUUAAAAAUCCUGAAAUGUACCUUCAGAGAUCUCAUGUUUUAGGACUGCGGCCAAGAGCUUCUGAAGGAACAGAGUGGAAGGAGAAAGAGUGUUGGACACUG